CCACCAAGACAGAGUCGCAGAGUCGCAUACAAACACACACCUGACAAAGAACAUAUCUGAAACUUCUGCACCGAGAGAACAUCGCAUCGGAUAUUCAACAUGCCUAAGAAUAAGGGGAAGGGAGGCAAGAACCGUCGUCGUGGAAAGAACGAAAACGACAAUGAGAAGCGUGAACUGACCUUCAAGGAGGAAGGCCAAGAAUAUGCCCAGGUCAUCAAGAUGCUCGGCAACGGUCGGCUCGAGGCUCUCUGCUUCGACGGCUCAAAACGACUCGCACAUAUCCGAGGCAAGCUCCGCAAGAAGGUCUGGAUCAACCAAGGAGACAUCAUCCUCCUCUCCCUGCGAGACUACCAGGAUGAGAAGGGCGACGUGAUCCUCAAGUACAGCGCCGACGAGGCUCGAAGUCUGAAGGCCUACGGCGAGCUGCCCGAGAGCGCCAAGAUCAACGAGACGGAUACAUACGGACAGGAGGGCGAGGGUGACUGCAACUUCGAGUUCGACGAAGACAGGUCCGAUAGCGAAGACGAGGAUGGGAAGGGUGGCAAGGAGAUCGAUGUUGAUGAGAUUUAA